ACAGCAUGAAUGCACGACGGUCUCCUGUACCUUUUCGAUAUUAUCUUCACUCCAAUAUCUGAUCUGAAACAUUUGACUGCUCAUUUCUACAUGGUAAAAUCGAAGACAUAAAAAAGUCAGGCCUAGGUGAUACACUCAACAGGCUAAAACGCGUUUUUCCACUUUCACAUAUUGUAGGAAACAUGUAUUUAUUACGUGCAAAUUUCUCCUCAUAUUGGUCUGCCUAACUGUCAGAGUUAAUGAAUUGAAAUGUUCCCUUGGUUAGACAGCCUUCAUAAUAAUGUCAUGUAACGGCUUCUGCAUAGCCUAUAUUUAAAUUGAACCUGUGCAUAAAUCGGACAAUAGCUCGUAUUUACAAGGUGCGAAUGUCCCCAUCACUUGGCGAUCAUGGAUGGUGUUCAACCCUCCAUUGUGUUUUCCUCACAUGCUGAAUAGUAGGCAAUCCCAGGAACGAGACGGGGUCAAUCUGGCUAAUCCAACUUGUUUUGCUGAGAGGCAGCCAGCCAGCGGCCUGGAGCCAGCAGUCUGCCAGGGGUUAAGGGCCGACUCCCUCCCUCUCCUGUCCGAUCGUGCAGCCCGAUCUGUCCCCAGGUUGAUCAGCAUGACAAAGCACCGGGGGGGUCAGAGCAUGCUGGCACCACCCGCUCUCUACCUGCGCUCGCCUAGCCUGGAAGGCCACCAAGAUCAUCAACUUGACUUCCAGAUCCAUCCUCUGAGCAACACAGCGCGGAGCUCUCCAGCCCAACACUGGCCCUACUUCCCAAUCCAGGCGUCAGUCCAACAGUCUCCACGGCUCGAGAAGCCUGCCCCUGACCAAUUCAGCCUGGCCUCAGCGCCCAUGGAUAAAGCGACGCCGCUAGACCAGGAGCAAUCUUGGGACGAGGAGAAAAAUGCGAAAAGUGGAAAGAAAAAUGCGAAAAGUGGAAAGAAAAAAAACUAUCAGCGCUACCCCAAACCACCCUACUCCUACCUCGCAAUGAUUACCAUGGUCAUCCAAAACUCUCCAGAGAAGAAGCUUACUUUGUCUGAGAUUCUAAAGGAGAUUAGUACACUUUUCCCUUUUUUUGAAGGGAAAUACAAGGGCUGGCGGGACUCAGUGAGACACAACCUCUCUUCCUACGACUGCUUUGUUAAGGUAUUGAAGGAUCCUGGUAAGCCCCAGGGGAAGGGCAACUUCUGGGCUGUGGAGGAGAGCCUUGUGCCCCUGGAGCUCCUCAAGAGACAGAACACUGCCGUGUCGCGCCAGGAUGAGACCAUCUUCGCCCAGGACCUCGCCCCUUACAUCCUGCAUGGGCACCAACAUAAGCCAGAUGCAGAGCCCCCGGCCCCACCGCCACCAGUCACUGCUCUACCCCCAGGCCCACCUGUCACUGCUCUACCCCCAGGCCCACCUGUCACUGCUCUACCCCCAGGCCCACCUGUCACUGCUCUACUCUCCUUUCCCACCAGACAACACUCCUCCCUUCAGGAGGAGCUGUACCGGCCCAAGCUGGACUCAUCCUUUGCCAUUGACUCCCUCCUUCACAGCCUGAGGCCGGCCAGCGCUGCAGGAGAGCCUGGCAGGGACUGCUGGGGGGUGGAGCUCCACACUCGUCCACACCCUCGCCACUCCUCCACUGCCUGCAGCGCCUCAGCCAGCCCCGCCUCCUCCUCCUCCGAUGAGGACUGGAGGGGCGUGUCGCAGGGAGGGAAGCGGGUGCCUGAGGGAGAAGCGGGAUCAGAUGGGUACGAGGACUGCAGACUCCCUCCACACAAGUCUGCCCGCAGAGUCUCCGCCCCUCCCUGGGAGCUGCCCACCUCGUAUGCCAAGUACACACCGCCCAACGCCGUGGCCCCGCCCAGCAUGCGGUUUAAUGGGGGCCCUCUGAUUCCACUAGGGAUGCCUCUGUAUGGCUAUGGGGGGUCUCCUGUCACAUCCAGUCAUUUUGUAGGUCAUGCCUACUGGCCCCUCUUACCCAGCGGUCGCCCUCCCCUCAUUAUGGACUUGGACGCUAUGCUCCAGUCAGUACCGCCCAAUAAGAGUGUGUUUGAUGUGCUGGGUCCACCCAAUCAGUCGUCUCACCAGCCUGCUGGUCAGUAUACCCUACAGAGUGGGACCCCUCUCAGGUGUCAUCCCCAUUAUUGACUAUGACUGUCAAACCAGCACCAAAUAUAUUGUAAGUGCAAUGCAAGGAUACUACUGACCUAUUCGUACAAGCUUAACCCGUGGCUAGAAAUGUGUCCACUCUAUCAAUUGGUCACUUCUAAUUGACAGGUCAUAGGAUUAAAUGUUUACAGAAGACAAUUGUACAUUCAAAUGUGCUGCUAACAUCUAACUCGACCAUACAACCACUGUUUACCUCAGUCUUAAUACAGGGAUUUAUUUUCACUAUUGUAUAUAUACAUUUUCUUUUAAGAAUUCUCUUUGUUGCCUACCUCAACUAUUCAAUGUUUUUCAGUGGAAAAUGUCAUUUUUUUCCCCUCCUGUCUUUAUGGUUGUAUUUAAGAUGUAAUUGUAAAACUGCACAUCAAGCCAGGUUAUGGAAAGGGCAUUAUUGAAAAAGUUGACUUGUCUUUUACAGGGUAUGACUUUUUUCCCAGUCUUGAGUGUCAAUGUAGGAAGAGGCAGGGUGCUGUUCAUUGCUCAUCCAAUGCCGAGAGCCUCAAGUAGGAAAACAAAGUGAGGUUUAGAAAACCUCAAAGUGAAGAGUGCGCUGUUUGUAUUUGUGUGUGUGUGCGUGGUGUGUUGGUCAUCUUGUCUCAUUGGU